AUGCAGGUCUCAAAUUCCUUUAAAGCUAUCAAGUAUUUAGAAACGCGAAAUAAUUUUCUUUCCACGAUCGAGUCUGAGAUUUCAGGUACCGAUUUGACGCCCUCAACAGGCUCGCUUACCUCCUCGUUGGCUUGCAAUUCUGGCGAGGCCCCUGUGAAAGAUGUGCAACUUCUCACUCUUGAGCAAAUGAUGAAUGCAGGCAUGCAUUUGGGACAUUCAAAGGCAACUCUGGCCCCAAAUUUCAGGCAAUAUUCGCUUGGAGUACGCCAUGGAAUCGUCAUAAUCGAUCUCGACAAAACGCUUGCGGCGUUGCGACGAGCAGCCCAAGUUGCGUAUGAAAUUGCAAAGCUUGGCGGAAUUAUUCUUUUGGUGGGGACGCGACCCACUUAUGUACAUUUGGUAGAGCAGAUCGCGCGGAGUUUGAACAUCUUCUUUAUUUCUGGAGAGUGGACUAACGGGCUGCUGACAAAUGCAAAGCGUACCCUAAAGGAGGCCACAAGUUCAGACGCUGUUCUUUUUACGCCGCCAGGCCCUUCUGAAGAGCUCGGGCCAUUGGCCCAGCGCUCCAUCAUGGAGAGCGGCUCCUUCUCCCAGCUGCCCAGUGGCAUGUUCAAGGAGCAACAACUACACCGCAAUUCUUCCUAUAAUAACUAUGUCAGCACGCCCUCACAAGUAUCGCUCCCAGAUCUCGUGAUUGUUGUUGAUGGCCCUACAAAUGUAAAAGCGUUUGAAGAGUGCAAUGCAGUGCUCAUUCCCACCAUUGGAAUCAUAGACUCCAACUUUGAUGCCUCUUUAUGCACAUAUCCAAUCCCGGCAAAUGACGAUUCGAUCGCCUCAGUCGACUUUGUACUUUCCAGUUUGGCGUCCGCAAUCAAAAACGGUCGCGAUUGUACCUUCCCUAGCCCCAAGUCGCAAGAGCGGCCCGCAGAUGUCUAUAUCCCGCUCAAGUAA